AUGACAGUUGGGGGAUCUAUAGGAAACGUGAUGGGCAAGUUUAAAUAUCAGUUGAAUGUUCAGGAUGAUGGCCAAGAAGUGAGAUCCAUGGACUCGCAGAAUGGGGUGAAAGAGCGUAGAGUAAGAAAACUCAGUACAAGUAAUGAUGGUUUUAACAUCACAUUGAAUGCAACGUUUGAUGGCUUUGAUACAACAUGGUAUUUGGUCAAAGGCUGCCCCACCAGUACCUGUGAAGGUGUGGAGAAACUGAAAAACUUACUUAGGCUCGGGGAAUUGGGCUGUGCAGUUCUGGGUCCAACAUGCACCUAUGCGACCUUUCAAAUUGUCUCACUGGACAUGUCUUUGGAGAUCCCCAUCAUCUCUGCUGGAAGCUUUGGGUUAUCCUGUGAUUAUAAACCCAGCGUGAUUAGGAUCCUGCCUACAGCUAGGAAACUCUCCACCUUUUUCGUAACGCUUUGGAACCUUCAGUAUAAAGGAAAGCCACACAAGUGGAUUUCGACUUAUAUUUACAAAAAAAAUGAAACCACGGAAUCCUGUUUCUGGUACAUGAAUGGUUUGGAAGCUGGGUCAGCUCCAUUCUCUAUGGGUUUAGAAGUUAAGGACAUCAUCCGAGACCCAACAAAAUUCAAGAAGAUAGUGAAUGACUCACACAGGAAAAGUAACGUGAUCAUCUUGUGUGGGACAAGCAGUGAUAUUGAGACAUUAGUAGAUGGAGUUAACCUGGACAAAGAUAUUGUCAUCAUCCUAGUAGAUCUGUUCAAUCACACCUACUCUCCUGAGGCAGAUUCAAUGGAUUACAUGAAACAAGUCCUGGUGGUGACCCUACUGUCUUCAGUUUCCAACCAAACCUCACAAGAGACCAGCAACAUCACAUCGCUGUACAACGACUAUAUGCUGGGUUACUAUGACGCUAUAAUGCUCUUUGGUACUGUCCUUGAAAAGCUUUUGAUGAAAAAUCAGAACCCAACACGAGCUGACUUCAGUCAAAACUUUCGAAAUAUCUCCUUCCCAGGAGCCCUGGGCCCAAUACAUCUCGAUGAGUUUGGAGAUCGAGAUAUUAACCUGACUGUUCUGUACACCUCGACCAAGACAAAAAAGUACAAAACGUGGUUUCACUUUGACACCUGGACUAACCACACCCAGAUCAUUAAUGCCAACCCUGAGUUUGUGUGGAGUGAAGGGCUGCCCAAAAGUGUCCCUGAAGCCGCAUCAGAUAAUCCGAAUCUGGAGGUUGCGGUGAUAGGUCUGACUGUCACUGUUGUGGUGGUUAUAAUGAUUGCCUUAAUUGUACUGCGAAAGUACAGAAAGGAACGGAGAAUACGUUUAAAGAAAUGGUCACACAUUUCUAACAACCAAAUCAUACCGCUGGAGGGUGACGAGAAAAACAGCAUCAACCUGAAGAUUGAAGAGGACAAGAAAAAAGAAAGCCUUGUGCCUUUAUGGAGAGCAAAAUAUGACAAAAAGGUUGUUGUCUUGAAGGAGCUGAAACACCAGGAUGGCAACUUCACUGUGAUGCAAAAGAUCGAACUCAACAAGCUUCUACAAAUUGAUUAUUAUAAUUUAACCAAAUUCUACGGCACAGUGAAGUUUGAUUUUGAGAUAUACAAAGUGAUUGAGUAUUGCGAGCGAGGAUCACUGAGGGAUGUUUUGAAUGACAAAGUGUCGUACCCCGAUGGCACCUUCAUGGACUUGGAGUUCAAGAUAUCGGUCAUGUAUGAUAUUGCAAAGGGUAUGUCAUAUCUACAUUCAAGCAAAAUAGAAGUGCACGGGAGCCUGAAAUCCACAAAUUGUGUUGUGGACAAUCGGAUGGUGGUGAAAAUUACCGAUUUUGGAUUUAAUACCAUUGCCUUGCCACAGAAAGAUCUAUGGACAGCUCCUGAGCACCUACGGAAGGAGGGAGUGUCUCAGAAAGGUGACACGUACAGUUACGGCAUUAUAGGUCAGGAAAUCAUCUAUCGAAGAGAGACCUUCUACAUUCAAUCAUGCAACAGUGUUGCAGGGAAGUUAAAGAGAGUGAUGUUAACAGAUGGGAAUGAGCUGUUUCGACCUGAUCUCCAACUGGAGACAGCUAAUGACAAAGAACUAGAGGUAUAUGGGCUGAUCAAGAGCUGCUGGGAAGAAGAUCCAGAAAAACGACCAGACUUUAAGAAAAUUGAGGCUACACUGGGCAAAAUAUUCAGCACAUUCCACAGUGAAACGGACAAGAGCUACAUGGACACGCUGAUCCGCCGACUCCAGAUGUACUCGAAGAACUUGGAGCACUUGGUAGAGGAGAGAACAGUCCUGUACAAGGCCGAGCGUGACAGGGCAGAUCAGCUCAACUACAUGCUGCUGCCAAAGCCGGUAGUGAUAUCGUUGAAGACAACGGGUCGGGUUGAGGCUGAGCUUUUUGAAGAAGUGACCAUCUAUUUCAGUGACAUUGUAGGGUUUACCACCAUCUGUAAGUUCAGCACCCCCAUGGAGGUGGUCGAUAUGUUAAACGACAUGUACAAGAACUUUGACCAAAUCCUGGACAAUCAUGACGUCUACAAGGUGGAGACUAUCGGAGAUGCCUACAUGGUGGCAUCAGGAUUGCCAAGGCGCAAUGGAAAUAGGCACGCAGUCGACAUCGCCCGGAUGGCCCUGGACAUUCUAAACUUCAUGGGGUCAUUCAAGCUGCCUCACCUCCCUGACCUGCCCAUCUGGAUUCGGAUAGGUGUUCAUUCAGGUCCAUGUGCGGCAGGUGUGGUGGGGACCAAGAUGCCACGAUACUGUCUGUUUGGUGACGUAGUCAACACAGCCUCACGAAUGGAGUCCACAGGAUUACCAUUAAGAAUUCAUGUUAACCAAUCGACAAUCAAUAUACUGAAGAGGACACAGUGUAAAUUUGAAUAUGAGAUGCGGGGAGAGACCUACCUGAAGGGAAGAGGAACAGAAAUCACCUAUUGGCUCACGGGAGAAACAGACCGCAAUUUUCGGCUGCCAGCCCCGCCUUCAGCGGAAAAUUUGCAGAGGCUUCAGGCUGACUUUGCUCAAAUGAUAAUUGAGUCCUUGGAGAAGAGGAGAGCAUCCGAACACAAGGCAGGAACUAAAGAGGGGAACAACGAUGACUGGGAACUGGAAUACCUGCAGCUAAACUCCACAGAGAUUCUCAGCACAUACCUGUAGCUACUAACUGUUGCCAGAAGAUGUCUGGAACUCUGAUUCAGUCCUGUCCGGAUAUAUCAUUCUUGCAGGUGGUCACUCUGCACUUUUAAAGAACAGGAACUAUAAAAAUUAUUUUCACGCUUUUCAAGGUGGAACAUCAAUCUGAGGAGUGAAACACCUCUGCUAACUGUAAUAUCUGAUACUCCAAGGUAAGGGACAGGAUGUAGAGUAAACCUCUCCCCCCAUUACAUCAUUAACCAGCUCCAGGUCAAAUAUAGCACAAGAUAGAUGUAGUGUAAAUUUCUGUCAACACUUAAGGUACUAGCUGAGCUUAGCUGGUAACCAUCUCAACACUUUGAGCCAGAGGUGCAUGAGCACGCAAUCUAGACUGACAUUUCAAUGGAGUACUAAGAGAGUGCUCCAUUGUUGGAAGUGCUGUCUUUCAAAUCAGAAGUUAAAUUGAGGCCUUUGUCUGUAAAUUAAGCUGGAUAGAAAGGUCCCAUGUCACUUUUUGAAGGUGAACAGGAGAUUUCUCCUGGGUAACAUUCCCACCUGAACCAACACUACCAAACACAUCUGAAUGUAUCGUUUGCUGUGGAUGGGAUCUUGCUGUGUGUAACCUGGCUUCCAUGUUUGUCCACAAAACAACUAUUUCAUUGACUGUUGAGACAUUCUGAAGAUGUGAAAGGCGUUACAUUCAUGCACAUUCUUUUUCUGUUUAAUUGCACUGCCCCAUCAACGGUUCAGGAACAGCUUUUCUUAGGACAUUGUAAGACUCUCCUUACACUGGCCCAUUAAUCACCUCCAGGUCAGGUAUAACAAGAAUUAAAAGCAAUGUGCAUCUCUCUUGACACUGCCACAUUAACCUGCUCCUAGCCAGGUAUAGAAUUAUAGAGUCAGCACGGAACUUUCUGUACAUAGGAUCCUGAACCAUCUUCAGGUCAGCUGUAGCUUUAGUUAGAUGAAGAGUAAAUCUCCAUCUACCCCGCCUUGAAAAUGUGUCUUAGCCACAACCUCAGAAAAAAGCCUCCUCCUGCAGCAUUUCCGACUCAUGCAUUUCCAUUGUCCUCCUCAAGGCUUUUCCACAAGAUGAUUAGUUUGUGCAGAGUUCAUAAGUAGUUCAGCUUUAUACCCACAUGUCUCAAACUCCUUUCACAUUGGACCCCCAGAUCUGUAAAUCGUAAGUUCUCCCUUUGAGCCCCCCACUUGAUGUGGCCCCCAACUCAGCAAGGCAUCCGAAUGAAGGUGUCUGAGUGGGGGGAGAGAGGGGGAGUAAGGGAGAUGAUCAUCCUUGGGUCAUGGAAGGAAUAUUGGCCAUCGACCUUAAUCCACCCCAUUCGGACUAAUUGG